AUGGACCGGAAAAAACAGCUUAGAGUUUUGGAAUUGGAUCCGGAUCUGCGUUUUGUGAGGGGACAAGCGUCGCAACAGUCAAGCGCCGCAGCAACCGCUGGAUCUCCAGCUACGUCGCGCUCGAACAAAUUGCUGAUGGAAAUGCAAGAACAGCAGGAAUCGACCGCUCCCGCAACGCCGCUCACACAUUUUCUGUACAGAGAGGAGGAGAAAGUGCCGAUGUUCCUCGUCAAAAUGUGGAAUAUCCUCGAGGACCCGAAAUUUCAAAAUAUUAUUCGAUGGGACAAGGUUAUUUCCUACGAGAUUUUCUAUACUUAUUUGUUUCGGGCAGCACAGAUGACGUUAAAUAACUCUUUGUAG